CGUCUAAAGAUCAACGACGACGACUCAGUUUCUUCCUUCACAAGCGAGAUAGAGAGAGAAAAAGAGUAAAAGAGCGUGUUGUUGUCUUGUUUCUUCUUCUUCUCCCUUUGGGCGUUUUCAUCGUUUCUCAUCUACCCCCUCACAAUUUUCUUAUCACUCUCACAAGUCUCAACUUCGUCACUUUCUCGGGAAAAUUCUCCUAAUCCCUAAAACCUAGUUACAGAAAUAUCUCCUGGGUUUUUGAAUCUUACACGAUCUUUCUUCUUCUUCUUCUUCUAUGAAUCUGUUCAUCGUAAAUUCAGAUUCUUGAUAUAUAUGAUUUCCUUUUCUCCAAUCUCUUCUUUUAGUUUCUCAGAGAUGGUUGAGAGAUCAAACUCACGUUUUCUCGCAGUAAUCAUCACUCGUAAACCUAUAAUUUUCUUGCUGAUAUCGAUCCUCACCGUCGCAUCUUGGUUCUUAAUCUUUUCUUCCACAAACCCUAACCGAGUUCUCGACUACAUCUCAGUAUCAGAACCCACAGAUGCACCUCUCAUCAUCAUCAAGAACUCAAACAGUUCUCCUCAGAACAACAACGCCUUCUUGCCAAAUCCCCAAAACAGAGAAGGUGCGGAAACAGAGGAAACCAAAAAUGAAAACAGAGGAGCGACAAAAACAGAGUCAUUCAUCAAUGAAAACAGAGCCAAAACCCUCCAAUGCAUCGAGAAGAAUGUUUCUCCUUCUCCGACGCCAUUGAAAGUCUACAUGUAUGACAUGAGUCCAGAGUUUCACUUUGGGUUAUUAGGUUGGAAGCCAGAGAGAAACAACGACGUCGUGUGGCCUGAUAUAAGAUUCAAUUGNGUUAACCAAAAGCAGAAGAAGAGCCAAGACAGAGAGUUACAGGACAAAUUGGUGAGAUAUGUAACGUCUCAAAAAGAGUGGAAGAUCUCAGGAGGGAAGGAUCAUGUGAUAAUGGCGCACCAUCCCAAUAGUAUGUCCACCGCAAGGCAUAAGCUAUAUCCGGCGAUGUUUGUGGUCGCUGACUUUGGUAGAUACUCGCCACGUGUCGCUAAUGUUGAGAAAGACAUUGUGGCUCCAUACAAACACCUUGUUCCAUCGUACGUUAAUGACACGUCGGGAUUUGAUGACCGUCCGAUCUUGCUCUACUUCCAAGGAGCCAUCUACCGCAAAGCUGGUGGACUCGUGAGGCAAGAGCUAUACUACCUUCUAAAAGAAGAAAAAGGCGUCCACUUCUCUUUCGGUAACGUACGAAAUCACGGCAUAACUAAAGCUGGAGAUGGAAUGAGAUCGUCCAAGUUCUGUCUCAACAUCGCAGGGGAUACUCCGUCGUCCAACCGCCUCUUCGACGCCAUAGCUAGUCAUUGUAUUCCCGUGAUUAUCAGCGACGACAUUGAGUUACCAUACGAGGAUGUUCUCAACUACAACGAGUUCUGUCUCUUUGUCCGAUCAUCCGACGCUUUAAAGAAAGGGUUUCUGAUGGGUCUUGUGAGGAGCAUUGGUAGAGAAGAGUAUAAUAAGAUGUGGAAACGGUUGAAGGAAGUUGAGAAGUAUUUCGAUUUGCGUUUCCCGUCCAAGGAUAACAACGGAGAUGAUGCAGUUCAGAUGAUUUGGAAAGCUGUUGCGAGGAAAGCCCCUUUCGUGAAGAUGAAGGUUCAUAGGUUUCAAAGGUUUCAAAGGCCUUUUUAGGGUUUUCCUAAUGAGAUUUUGGGAAUUUGACAAACCCAAGAAUAUGUUAAUUUAGAAUAUAUAUAGUUUAGGAAUAUUUACAUUUAUCUAAAUAUAUAAUUUACAUUUACA